AUGGACACCUCAUCCAAGAAAAACGCCCAUUUGUUCCACAAAAACCCCUCGCGACCUGUGAGAAGGCAAUCCCUUAAAGCUGGGUGUCCAUCCCCAGAGGAAGCGCGACCAUGCUGUGGCAAACUCAAGGUGUUCCUGGGUGCCUUGUCUUUUGUCUACUUUGCCAAAGCAUUGACAGAAGGCUAUUUGAAGAGCACCAUCACUCAGAUAGAGAGAAGGUUCGAUAUCCCUUCCUCUCUGGUGGGAGUAAUUGAUGGUAGUUUUGAAAUCGGGAAUCUCCUGGUCAUCACAUUUGUUAGUUACUUUGGCUCCAAACUUCACAGACCAAAAAUCAUCGGAGCAGGCUGCCUGGUCAUGGGAGUCGGAACAAUGCUCACGGCGCUGCCACAGUUCUUCAUGGAGAAGUACAGCUAUGAGAAAUUUGAAAAGUAUUCUCCCUCUGCCAACCUCACUCCCAAUAUCUCUCCAUGCCACCUGGAGUCCAGCAGUCUGCCACCAAGCUUAGCCACAGGGAAAUCACCAAACAAAAUGAAUGACGAAUGCAAAGGUGAUGCCAGCUCCUCCAUGUGGGUUUAUGUCUUCCUGGGAAAUCUUCUGCGAGGAUUAGGGGAAACUCCCAUCCAACCCCUUGGCAUCGCCUAUCUCGAUGACUUUGCCAGUGAAGACAAUGCUGCUUUCUACAUUGGGUGUGUGCAGACAGUGGCAAUUAUAGGACCCAUUUUUGGCUUCCUCUUGGGUUCAUUAUGUGCCAAACUGUAUGUUGAUAUUGGCUUUGUGAAUCUAGACCACAUAACCAUCACUCCAAAGGAUCCCCAGUGGGUUGGGGCCUGGUGGCUUGGUUACCUAAUAGCAGGGCUCCUAAGUCUCCUUGCAGCUGUUCCCUUCUGGUGCUUACCCAAGACUCUACCAAGAUCCCAAAGUAUAGAGGACUCUGGAUCCUCAUCGGAGAAGUCCAAGUUCAUUAUAGAUGACUCUAUUAACUACCAAAUGGCCCCUGGAGAAGAAACAAAAAUCAUGGAAAUGGCAAGAAAUUUUCUUCCAUCCCUGAAGACUCUUAUUAGAAAUCCAGUAUACAUCUUAUACCUGUGUGCAAGCACUGUUCAGUUCAAUUCUCUAUUCGGUAUGGUGACAUAUAAACCAAAGUACAUUGAGCAGCAGUAUGGGCAAUCAUCCUCCAAGACCAACUUUGUCAUUGGGCUUAUCAACAUUCCUGCAGUGGCCCUUGGAAUAUUCUCUGGGGGAAUAGUUAUGAAAAAAUUCAGGCUGGGAGUGCUUGAAGCUACAAAACUCUACUUGGGAUCUUCUGUCUUCGGCUACCUCCUCUUCCUCUCUUUGUUUGCCCUGGGAUGUGAAAAUCCCGGCGUGGCUGGACUGACUGUGACCUAUCAAGGAACCAAACCUGUUUCUUAUCAUGAACGAGCUCUCUUUUCAGAUUGCAACUCAAGAUGUAAAUGUUCAGAGUCAAAAUGGGAGCCCAUGUGUGGGGACAAUGGGAUCACAUAUGUGUCAGCUUGUCUUGCUGGUUGUCAAUCCUCCAGUCAGAGUGGAAAGAACAUUAUGUUUUCUAACUGCACUUGUGUGGGACUUGCAGCCCCUAAGUCAGGAAACUGGUCAGGCAUGAUGGGCAGGUGUCAGAAAGAUAACGAAUGUCCCCAAAUGUUUCUGUAUUUCCUUGUGAUUUCAGUCAUCACGUCAUAUACCUUAUCUCUAGGUGGCAUACCUGGGUAUAUAUUACUCCUGAGGUGCAUUCAACCACAUCUUAAAUCUUUUGCUCUGGGUAUCUACACCUUAGCAGUGAGAGUUCUUGCAGGAAUCCCAGCUCCUGUGUAUUUUGGUGUUUUGAUUGACACUUCAUGCCUCAAAUGGGGAUUUAAGAAAUGUGGAAGCCAAGGCUCCUGCAGAUUGUACGAUUCUCAUGCUUUCAGACACAUAUACCUGGGACUAACCACCCUCCUUGGUACGGUGUCCAUUUUCCUAAGCAUGGCUGUGCUUUUUAUUUUAAAGAAAAAGUAUGUUUCAAAACACAGCCGCCCCAUAGCCACAAGAGGCAAAGCAGUGGCAUCUUCAAGCUUCAGGACGGAAGCACGUGCUGUGAGGGAUCGUGGGCAACAGCCCAAGUACUGGCCUGGCAAGGAGACACGACUUUAG